AUGACUUUAGAUAAAUCUUUAUUACUUAAUCUUGUAAAUAAAGAACGAAGAAAAAAAGAACUUAAACUACUUGUAUUAGAUGAAAUUAAAAAACAAAAUUAUGAUUAUUCUUAUGUUGGAGAAAAUAUAGGAUGGAAUUAUGAAAAUGAACGUGAUGUAGUUAAAGGGUGGAUGGGUUCUAAAGGUCAUCGUGAAAAUAUAUUAAAUAAAAAUUAUAAACAUAUGG